ACACAUCUGUCCUGUCCCUGCUGCUCACCACCUAUUGGCCUGACUGCUUAUUUAACUGACCCUUCUCCUCCAGCCCUGCACUCCUUCGCACGGUUCCCCUGCAGUUUGUUCCUAGCAUUCAUUCCUAUCCCCAUGGCAGAUGUGAUCUUCUCCCUCGCAGCCCUGAAAGCCUUCAUUUUCCUGACUGCGAGAGGAACUUCCUCAUCUGAUCUGGAAGACGGAGCAGUAGCACUGCAGCAAAGAUAAUCAGGUUAAAUAAAUCAUUUAUAGAUCUCCAGCCGCAAAAAUGGUCAAGAAGAUAGUCGUGGUAGCGGUGAUGCUGCUGCUGGUGGCGGCCGUUGCCACAUUUCUGGGCGUCUUCUACGGCAUGCCGAGGAGGAAGCCCCCAGGGGAGCAUGUGUACCUGACGGCAGCCGUGGCAGCAGACGCCGGGCCGUGCUCAGAGAUCGGCAGAGACACGCUGUUGAAAGGAGGGUCUGCAGUGGAUGCAGCUAUAGCUGCUUUUUUGUGUGUUGGAUUAAUGAACGCUCACAGCAUGGGCAUAGGAGGAGGGCUUUUCUUCAACAUCUAUAGCGCAGAAACUGGGAAAAUCGAGACCAUUGACGCCAGGGAGACGGCACCAGGCAAUGCAACGGAGAACAUGUUUGGCAACAACACAGAGUUAGCCCAGAAAGGAGGGCUGUCCAUUGCUGUACCAGGGGAGAUUCGAGGUUACCAGAUGGCGCACCAACGACAUGGUAAACUGCCUUGGAAAGACUUGUUCGGGCCGAGCAUUGAACUUGCAGAGAAAGGAUUUCCUCUGGGCAGGGCACUGGCCAAUGCUGUGUCCCAAAACAAGAAAACCAUCCUGAAUGAUGAAGCCCUUUGUGAAGUGUUUUGUGGACAAAACGGUGACGUCCUAAAAGAAAAUGAAACCGUGAAAUUUAUCAAACUAGCAGCGACCUACAGGAAGAUAGCCGAGGAGGGUCCUGACACUUUCUACACGGGAGAACUGGCUCAGAACCUAGUGAAGGACAUUCAGGCAGCAGGCGGCAUCAUCACAAUGGAGGAUCUGAAGGAUUAUGCGGUUGUCUUGGAUGAGAAUCCUCUAAGGGUGAAUGUGGGGGAGUACACCAUGGCUGUUCCCAAUACCCCUGCUAGCGGCCCUGUGCUAACGCUGAUAUUAAACAUCUUGAAUGGAUACAAAUUCAACCCGGAUAGUGUGGCGAACACUGAGAAAAAGAUUCUGACCUACCAUCGCAUCGUGGAGGCCUUUCGUUUUGCUUAUGCAAAGAGAACCCUGCUUGGAGAUCCCAAGUUUCUGAACAUCACAGAUCUCAUCCAGAAUAUGACAUCAAGCGCCUACGCCGAUGACCUCCAUGACAAGAUCACUGACGACACCACACACGAGAUGAGCUACUACGAGCCGGAGUUCUACAUGAAUGAAAAUCACGGGACGUCACACCUGUCUGUGAUAGCAAAAGAUGGAAGCGCUGUGGCCGCCACCAGCACCGUCAACCGAUAUUUGGGCUCCAAAGUCAUGUCAAACUCAACAGGGAUAAUUCUCAACAAUGAGAUGGACGACUUCAGCUCCCCGCUUAUCACAAACAGCUUCGGCAUUCCUCCUUCACCGAACAACUUCAUCAGGCCAGGGAAAAGGCCGAUGUCUUCUAUGUGUCCAACCAUCAUUUUUGACAAAAACAACAAAGUUAAGAUGGUGGUCGGAGGUUCAGGAGGGACAAAGAUCACUACUUCUGUAGCUCAGGUGAUUCUGAACGCGCUCUUCUUUAACUACGACCUGGAAAAAUCUGUGUCAGAUCCGAGGGUCCACAACCAGCUGAGUCCCAACACCACUGUAGCCGAGCCUGGCUUUGACAUAAAUAUCUUGGAAGGUUUGGCACGCAAGAAUCACACGACGGAGUUGUUGACAUCAACAGGAGCCGUGAUUCAGGCGGUGCUUCGUCACGGUGACUGGCUGUACGCUCAGUCAGAUCCUCGCAAGUGGGCGUACGCAGCGGGAUACUGAGAUCAUAAACUCAGGGAGGCUGCAGCUGUCUGAACCUUGACUCCGUUACUCCACCCGAGAGAUUAGAAACUUAAUAAAGAUCCAGCAGCCAUUGUCAACUCAUCCUGGGCACCAGUUGUUCUGUUCUUAAGCUGCGAUAAUGUUCAUGAGCUUGGUGCCACAGCUGACUGAUGUCUACUGAAUUCAAGCCACAUUUUUUAAUGUCUAUGACUAAUUUCCAAGAUAUUUCAAGUAAUAGCUUUACUGUUAUUUCUGAAGUUGUAAUGUGAAAAAUAGAAGCGCAAAUGUUGAAUUAUUCUUUACCUACCGAUGAAACAGUGUUAACCCUCCUGUUGUCCUCAUUUUCUUCCCUUCUCUGAAAAAAAAAAUCCAAAGAUUCAGCCAAAAAUUCCCCAAAUUUAUAAAAUUUGCACAAUCUUCAGGAAGAUAAUUCCUAGAAAGUUUCCCUUCCAAGUUUUAUUUUUUUUAAAAAGAGAAAUUCACAAAUUUGGCAAGAAAUAGAAAUGUAAAAAAUAGAAAAAUAAUAAUCUUCCAAAUAAAUCCUAAAAAUUUCUAGAGUGGUUCCAUAUAUAUCAGUAAAACUUUUAAUAUUUUCUUUAAGAAAACUUGGAAUAAAAUAAACCAAAAUCCAAUGAUUUUGGCUGAUUUUAUUCUGAAUGCUCUUGAAGAAAUUUUUAUUUUAAUAUUUCUUUUUUUGCACCAAAAAAUGUUUAAAAAAUUUCCCAAAAAUGUUGAAAAUGUGGAAGUUUUCACUGUGAAAAUAUAUAUUUUUUCCACAUUUUCAAACUUUAAAACAGGUCAAUUUGACCUGCAGGACGACGCGAGGGUUAAAAGUACAUAACUCCUCUAUUUAUGAAGCAUUUUUGUAAAUCAUUAACAGUAUGAAGCAUAAUUGUUUCCAGUAAAUAUCUGAUAAGUUUUAUCUUCAGUAGUUACUAAUGAUUGACUUCUGAAUUAAGGGAAAUAAUAAUAGAUAAAAUGAAGCAGAACUGAGAGUGAACUCCUGUGUCCUUUCAGUCCUUUCAAACUUUUCUAUACUGUAGGCAGACUGUUGAUACGAGGUGACGGAGAGAUCAGGCGGGAGCUGCAGUUAAAAUGAAGGACUGCAACACCUCAGUGUCAAACAGUCCCACAGAAUAUAUAUAAUGACUUGCAGUAAUUUUCUCACAGCCCAGAGUGCAACUGCCUGUAAUGACCUCAUAACAACAUUACAGCUGUUGUUGCCUACAGUCAACACUGGGACUCAGGCCUUAUCUUCCAUCAGCCGCAAUGUAAAUGACUCACAUUAUUUCUAAACUGGUGUAAAGUCAGAGAUCAGCGUUUUGCUCCAGAUGACUGGUUCAAAUGUGAUACAAACGAUGUUCUGAUACGAAGUGGUUUAAUAUUCAUGGAUGCAUAUUUAUUUAAAAAGAAACAUGUUGCAAUCCCCAUGUGAUUAGACAUAUUUUAUUAUUAUGUCACAGGAUUAUUUUUAAAAGGAUUUGAUUAAAUGUGUACAGGAGACGCUG